UAUAUGUCGUUACCUCUACCUCUCAAUGUUUGUCGCGAACAUCCCAGAGUAUUGUCGACCCACGAUUCCUGCAAAUCCAAAAGUUCCCGGAAUCGAAACCCUAGAUUGAUUCUUGCAACGUUUCACACCGUUGGUAAGCUAGGACAGCUUAAUUUAUUGUCCUGCAAAACCAAUGGCUUCGAAGCCUCUAUUAUCAGUACUUAUACCAAUUAUCUUCAUCAUCUUCACCUUCACGACUACAUUCAUAUCAACCACACAUUCUCUACCUUUUGUGGUGUUCCAUGGUAAUUACUUUACUCUCAUUCUCUGUAUUGCAGAUAAAUGCACUACUAAGGGAGUCACGAGUUUCACUGAGAAUCUGGGUAACUGGUCAGGUUCUCAAGGACAUUGCGUAGAAAUUGGAGAUGGAUCAUCGGAUUCCUGGUUUAUGCCCCUUCUGGAACAGACAGAAAUUGCUUGUGAGAAGGUGAAGAACAUUAGUGAACUCAGUGAUGGUUACAACAUAGUCGGGCUUUCGCAGGGUAACAUGGUUGGCCGAGGCGUAGUUGAGUUUUGUGAUGGAGGACCUCCUGUGAAGAAUUUCAUAUCAUUAGCAGGUCCGCAUGCUGGGAUAGCUUCUAUUCCAUUUUGUGGAUCUGGCUUGUGGUGCGUUCUCGUGGAUUACUUAAUCGAGUUAGAGGUUUACAGCAACUAUGUCCAGGAACACUUGGCACCUGCUGGUUACAUUAAAAUCCCAACUGACAUUGAUGCCUAUCUACAAGGAUGUAAGUUUCUUCCAAAGCUUAACAAUGAAAUCGCUGAUCAGACAAACUCCACUUACAAGGAACGAUUUGCUAGCUUGGAGAAUUUGGUGCUAAUCAUGUUUGAGCAAGACACAGUUCUGGUGCCAAAGGAGACCUCCUGGUUUGGGUAUUAUCCAGAUGGGUCAUGGAGCACUAUUUUGACUGCACAAGAGACAACACUUUACACUGAAGAUUGGAUCGGUUUGAAAACCUUGGAUGAAGCCGGGAAGGUGAAGUUCAUAAAUGUAACGGGAGGGCAUCUUGACAUUUCUCAAAGUGACAUGAAAAAGUAUAUUGUACCAUACUUAGAGGACGAAGAAGCAUCCAAACAGCUCACAACAACAAAAUCAUCAUCCUUCAUAUGGUCCUCGUCAUUUUGGAACUUACUCAAGGAACUGGUUGGAUUCACAGAGGAUACACCUCUGCUGCAUACUCCAAAGUAAAUAUAAGUACCACACCAUUUCCACGAUAACCAGUGAGCUAUGAAUGGGGACACGAAAAUAUGUAAAACAAUUGAAAGGGGUAUUAAUUUAGGGAGCGUCAUUCGCACUGCACUUUUAUAUGUAUGCACUGCAAUCUAAUAUGAAAUAGAGUUUUAUCCUUAACUUUAAGAAUAAAUGAUUAUUACUUUUUAAAA